AUGGCUCAGGUUGCUUCCUUGUCGUCCACUUCUGGCGUCUCGUCUUUGUCCGCGUCUGGUGCCUCGUCUCGUCCUUCCGUGCAAAAGAAGGGCAACGUUGCCUCGUUCACCUCGAACUUGACUGCCGUGGAUACCUACGGUAACGAGUUCCAGGCGCCAGACUACACCAUUAAGGACAUUUUGUCGGCCAUUCCCUCUGAGUGCUACCAGAGAAGAGCUGCAGAGUCUUUAUACUAUGUGGCCAGAGACAUUGUGUGUAUGGUGGCCAUCGGCUACGUGGGUAACACCUACAUCCCAGAGUUGCCUAACGCCUACUUGAGAUUCGCAGCAUGGGCCACCUACUCCAUUGUUCAGGGACUUUUUGGAACUGGUCUUUGGGUUUUGGCCCAUGAGUGUGGUCACCAGGCAUUCUCCGACUACGGCUGGCUCAAUGAUUUGGUCGGUUGGGUGUUGCACUCUUACUGGUUGGUGCCUUACUUCUCGUGGAAAUUCUCUCACGGUAAGCACCACAAGGCCACUGGCCACAUGGAAAGAGACAUGGUGUUUGUUCCAAAGAAAAGAGAGCAGUUCAUCAAGGGUAGAAACGCACACACUCUCGAGGAGAUCGCCAGCGACUCUCCAAUUUUCUCCUUGUACACUAUCCUUGUCCAGCAAUUGGGAGGUUGGAUCGCUUACCUUUUCGUCAAUGUGACCGGUCAGCCUGUGGCCAAGACUGGUUGGGGUAUGAGUCACUUCAACCCAAGCUCUGCCAUCUUUGAGGCCAGAGACUACUGGUACAUUGUGUUGUCUGAUUUGGGUCUUUUGAUUCAGGGUUUUGUAUUGUACACGUGGUACAAGAACUACGGUGGAUUCAACUUGCUUGUGAACUGGGUCAUCCCAUACAUUGGAGUUAACCACUGGCUUGUGUUCAUUACCUUCUUGCAGCACCUGGACCCUAAGAUGCCCCACUACGAGGCUUCUGAGUGGAACUUUGCUAGAGGUGCUGCUGCUACCAUUGACAGAGAGUUUGGUUUCAUCGGUAAGCACAUCUUCCACGACAUUAUUGAGACCCACGUGUUGCACCACUACUGCUCUCGUAUUCCCUUCUACAACGCUCGUCCUGCCUCCGAGGCUAUCAAGAAGGUGAUGGGUAAGCACUACCAGCACUCGGAUGAGAACAUGUGGGUUUCUUUGUGGAAGUCUGCUAGAUGGUGCCAGUUUGUCGAGGGAGACAACGGAUUGUUGAUGUACAGAAACAUCAACGGCAACGGAGUUGCCCCAAAGAAGACGGCCUAG